AUGGUUCGCUCUAUUCUUGCCCUUGCCCUCUUGGGCAGUCAGACUUUGGUUAAUGCCGCCACCGAAGUCGAGACCCGUACUCUGGAUGAGAUCCACAAGGCUGCUCUCGCUGAGGGUGGUGUUGUUACCCUGUGGCACGGUGGUGAUGAAACCACUCAGCAGGUUACUCUCAAGACCAACUUCGAAAAGAGAUUCCCCGGCAUGACUCUUAACGUCACUGUCGAUCUCUCCAAGUACCAUGACGGAAAGUUCGAUGACCAGAUCGCCGCCAACAACGUCUACAUUGACAGUAUUAUCCUGCAGACGCUCCACGACUACCCUCGUUGGGCGGCUGAGGGCGCUCUCCUGGACUACGCGCCUCUGGGCCACGAUGCGAUCCUCCCCGAGUUCAAGCCCAACGGCACCGCCGCCUACUACGGCAUGUUCAUCAUUGCCUGGCUCAACACUUGGAACAGAGAAAAGCUCCCUGGCGUUGAGGCCCCCGUUGAGUGGGCUGACUGGCUCCGUCCCGAAUUCAAGGACAAGCUUGUCCUGACCUACCCUAACGACGACGACGCCGUUCUUUUCGCCUUCGACCUGAUUGUCCAGCAGUACGGCGCCGAGUGGUUCGACAAGCUUCUUGCACAGAACCCCCGCUGGGUCCGCGGCACCCAAACCCCCCGUACCGUCCUCGGUAAGAACGACACCCAGUGGGCUGCCACCUUCACCUCCUCCGGUAGCCUCAACCCGACCGCCCCUCUCAACACCAGCCAUCCCGUCGAGGGCAAGUUCGUUUCCUGGCCCCAGACCGGCGGUAUCCCCAAGAACGCCCCCCACCCCGAGGGUGCCAAGCUUCUGCACAGCUACAUGCUCAGCGAGGAGUUCCUGUCCAUUCGCGGAGGUUGGUCCGUUCGUGGCGACAUCAAGCUGCCCAACAACUACUCUCCUAUCCUCGAGACCCCUGGCACCGACCCUACCGCCUUUGGCAAGUGGAUGUCCGACCGUGCCAACGUCGAGAGACUUCGCUUUUGGUUCGAGGACCGCAUUGGCACUGCCCAGGGCCUCAGCCCCCUUAUUGACGACCUUUGA